UUUAAAAAAGAUGCUGAAAUUUAGGUAAACACGCCUAAAAAAGGUAACUUAACGCCAAAAUUUCAUUAAAAAAAUUCCCAAUUUAAAUUAUCACUUUAUGUAGAAAGUAAACAAAUAAAAUAAAAAUUAAACAUCAAAAUUAUUAUAAAAAAAAGAAUAAAAUCAAUAUUCAAUCUUCUAAAGAAAAUACACAGAAAAUUCCCUAAUUCAAUCUUAAAAAACAUAUGAAAGUCAAACUCCAAUAAUGAGCUAACAAUUAUUUACUAAAUAAUAGCCAUUUUCGAAACAAUUAGUUAUUGAAUAAAGCCCUAAAAUAUAUCAGAAGUAACUUGAAUUACCACAAUAUAACCGUACUUAUGCAAAUAUACAGGAUAAUUAAUAUUCUUAAUCUAAAAACCUGUAAUAAUAAAGCUAAGAAGCUUAUUUUUAAAAAUCUAAAUGCGAUAAUAUACCAUUAAAAGAUUUUAGUCGCCUUAGAUAAAAAGAAGAGACAAAAAAAAAGUAGAGGAAAUUCUUAAAAGAGUGUCUUAACAAGAAUUAGGAAACUAUCAAUUUUAACAAAAAUUAUAAUAAGAAAUACCAGAAAAAGAUAAUUUUAUACAAGAUAAAAGAUCUACAUUAAGUUAUAUAUAAAAUAUAGAAAAAUUUCCUUUAAAUAUAUAUAGAUAAAACGAAUAAAAAAAUGCAAUUUUUAAUUAAAAUUAUUAUCCAAAAAACCAAUUUUCAACCUAUAAUUAAUUAGAAUAUAUAGACUUAGAAAAUAAUUAAAAAAACAAAUCUUUUUGCGAUUUUCAAUAAUAAUAGCCUUAAUAAUAUUAAGCCCACUAAAAUGACCAUUCCUUUGAAAUAAGUCCUUGUUUAGAAAACUAAUAUAAAUCAAG